UCUAGAGCUUAUACUACAACCAGAGAAACAGUCCUCUGCAAUAAUCGCAGGGGAGAUUCGUCCCUUGCUAACGAGGGACAGUUGCGAUAGGCCACGGCCCAAAUCCUACCUCAGCUCUACCUUUAGCUAGCUCCAGUCACACAAUCCAAUCUGCUUCGUUCUCGUCCAGUCGCAGUCGCGGCAUUAACAAACACCACUUUUGUGCAAUCCACUGUGGUUCCAUCUCUAUACCUACUACUAUACGAUCGUUUGGUCGAUCGUGAAAUCCUCGACAAAGCUUUGCUCGAGGCGCGCGCGUUGGUAGGACUACGUCGGAGCGAGCGUGCCGGGCAUGGCGGCGCCGGCGGCGAAGCCUCACCUGGUGUUCUUCCCGUUCCCCUCGCAGGGCCACAUCACCCCGGCGUUCCAGCUCGCAAGGCUCCUCCACCACUGCCACGGCUUCGACGUCACCUUCGUCCACACCGAGCACAACCGCCGGCGCCUCCUCCGCGCGCGCGGCCCGGACGCGCUGGCGGGGGCGCCGGGGUUCCGCUUCGUCGCCGUCCCCGACGGUCUGCCCCCGUCCGACGAGGACGCGGCGCGGGACGUUGCCGCGCUGCUCCUCUCCCUGCCGACCAUGGUCCCGCACUUCAAGGAGCUCGUGCUGUCCGAGCUCCCCGCGGCGAGCUGCCGCCGCCUCCUCGUCUCCGACGUCGACCUCAUCCUGCGUGCCGCCGAGGAGAUCGGCCUGCCCUGCGUCACCUUCUGGAUCACCAGCGCCAGCUCGUUCAUGGCCAUGCAGCAGAUCCGGCACCUCGUUGCCAAGGGUCUUGUUCCCCUCAAAGAUGCUGAGCAGCUGAGGAAUGGAUACCUGGACAGCACGGUCAUCGACUGGGCGCCGGGGUUGCCCAAGGGCAUGCGCCUGAGAGACUUCCCGACCUUCAUCCGCACCACGGACCCCGACGACGCCGUGCUCGCCCUGACCCUGCGCUUAAUUGAGUGCCACCGCACCGUCCCGUCCGCCGUCGUGUUCCACACCUUCGAGGAGCUAGAGAGCCAGGUCAUCGGCGCCAUGUCGGACAUCCUGCCGCCUAUCUACGCCAUCGGGCCGCUACCACUUCUCCUCAGGGAAGCCGGCGGCGGCGACGAUGCCGCCAGCACGUCGGCGGGCUCCAGCCUUUCCAAGGAGAACCGCGCGUGCCUGGACUGGCUUGACGGCAAGCGUCCCAACUCGGUGGUGUUCGCGAGCUUCGGGAGCCUAGUGAAACUGACCGGCGAGCAGUUGGCGGAGCUCGCCUGGGGUCUGGCCAGCAGCGGCUACGAGUUCCUGUGGGUGAUCAGGAGCGACCAGAAGGCGACGGGCGCCGCCGGUGGAACGGCCGUCCUGCCACCGGAGUUCCUGGAGGAGACGGAGGGGCGGGGCUGCGUGACGAGCUGGUGCCCGCAGGAGGCGGUGCUCCGACACGGUGCGGUCGGCGCGUUCCUGACGCACUGCGGGUGGAACUCGAUGCUGGAGAGCGUCUGCGCCGGGGUGCCGAUGCUUUGCUGGCCGUUCGCGGCCGACCAGCAGACCAACAGCAGGAUGGCGUGCACGGAGUGGCGCGUCGGCGUGGAGCUCAGCGAGGACCCCGGGCGGGAGGAGGUGGAGGCGGCGAUACGGCAGGUGAUGGGCGGGGGGAGAGGGGAGGAGAUGAGGAGGUCGGCGGCGGAGUGGAAGGACAAGGCCGCGCUCGCGGCACGGCCAGGUGGCUCCUCCUGGGUAAAUCUGGAGAGGGUGGUCAACGAGGUCCUUGCUCCUCUGAUGGACAAGAAACGAGUUUGUUGACCUGAUGUUCUUCUUUUCUGAUCAUUGGUGUGUUGGUGUUAAUUUCACCUCAAGAAAAAGUGGUCUGGAUUUGAGUUUUUUUUUUCGAAUAUGCUUAUAACUUGCUCAUUUUCAAGGAUUGUAUACAAAUUCUAUUAUUUGAAAUGUUCCGAAGUGGUAAUAAAUAGG